AAACAAAGCCAACUAAAUCUACACAGAGAAAGAGAAAAACAGAGAGAGAUGAGGAACCCAAGUUCGGCAUCGGCGGUGUCGAGUACAAGUAAGACGCCGUGCUGUAGUAAGGUAGGGCUGAAGAGAGGGCCAUGGACGCCGGAGGAGGAUGAGCUUCUGUCAAGCUACAUAAGAAGAGAGGGGGUAGGACGGUGGCGGACGCUGCCAAAGCGUGCGGGGCUGCUUCGUUGUGGCAAGAGUUGCCGACUCCGCUGGGUGAAUUAUCUCCGACCCUGCGUUAAGCGAGGACACAUCGCACCUGAUGAGGAAGAUCUUAUUCUUCGUCUUCACCGCCUCCUUGGUAACAGAUGGUCUCUGAUUGCUGGAAGGAUCCCAGGACGUACAGACAACGAGAUCAAAAACUACUGGAAUACGCAUCUCAGCAAAAAGUUGAUCAGCCAAGGGAUAGAUCCCAGGACUCACAAACCAUUGAACCCUAACCCUAAUUCCUUAGAAGAUUUCCACACCCCGCCUCCUGCAUCAGGAUUAAAUCCUAUCCCGAACCUUGACCCCAACCCUAAUUCUAGAGGUUUACAAGAAACUGGGGUUGGCGAUGGUGCAACUACGAUCUACAAGGGUAAUAAACGUUUCAGAGAGAUAAACGUAAACCUGGAUCAAGAUCAUAGUGCGGCAUUCGAAAAUAGCAACGGGAACUGGCAGAAAUCUGAAGGGUUCACGAUCAGCAGCAACCUUGGGAACAACGAAGAAGGCAAUAUCGAUUACUGCACCGAUGAUGCCUUCUCUUCGUUCCUGAAUUCAUUAAUUAAUUUGGACGUGUUUGGAAACCAAGAACAACAACAACAAUAUCAGCGGCAGCAACAGCCUAAUCAUCUAAUUGCACCUCCUGAUCCAUUGCUAAAUUCUGCACAAACUUUCGGAGAUGGUGCACUCUGGGAAGCUGCAAUCACGUCCUCUACAGCUGCUUUUAGCCAUGACGAAUAUAAGCGGUUUAUAGAUCACGUCCAUAAGCACUUCUGAAUUGCUUGCUUGCACUAGGAACGGGUAGAUCGAUCAAAACCAAACUGUAUGGUGAUUGUUAUUUUAUGUAUCUUAUCUGUAUCAGAAAUAAUGUUAAUUAAUCAAUGUGAAGAUUGAACAAUUGCUUCUUGUGGAUAUGUAUCUUCCCCUCUGCAA